AUGCACUUCAACCCCGAAAAAGACAUACCCGACCUAUCGGGAAAGGUCAUCGUUGUAACAGGCGGCAGUAGCGGUCUCGGAAAAGAGAGCGUUCUCCAACUCGUCAAGCACAACCCAGAUAAAGUCUAUCUUGCAGCCCGGACAAGCAGGCGAGGCAACGCAGCAAUCGAAGAGAUCGAGAAAGACGUUCCCUCAGCAAAGGGAAAGAUACAUUACCUCGAGGUAGACAUGGCAUCGUUCGCAUCCGUCAAGCAAGCCGCCGAUCGCAUCCUCACCGAAAACACUCGUCUGGAUAUCCUAAUGAACAACGCCGGCACAACAGGCAACCCUGCAAGCGUAACGAGCGACGGCUACGAGGUCCAAUUCGGCAGCAACUACAUGGGCCCUACUCUCUUCACGAAACUACUCCUGCCACUCCUGCUCAAAACUGCCGAAGAGCCAAACAGCGACGUUCGCAUCAUCAACCUUAGCUCCGAACUAUUCAAGCAAGGUCCCAAAGAGGGUAUCCUCUUCCCUAAGCUCACAACUGCUUGUGAGGACAUGAGCUCCGUAGCUCGUUACGGCCAAUCGAAACUGGCAAACUACUAUUUCAGCAAGGUCAGCGCACAGAAAUACCCAAGCAUCACAUCUGUAGCGCUGCAUCCCGGCGUUGUUAACACGGGCAUCUGGGAUAAUUUGAAGACAAGAAGACCUGUACUAGGUACGGUUCUUUCCGUAGUCUUUGGUCCGUUCCUGACGAAUGUUGCCGACGGUGCGAAGGCGCAGUUGUGGGCCAGUACUGCGAAGAAGAGCGAGGUUAAGAACGGGGCUUUCUACACACCAAAAGGCAAUGGGAAUGAGUACACGCAGGCAAUACUCAAGAACGAUAAACUUGCGAAUGAGCUGUGGGAGUGGACCCAGAAGGAGUUUGCGAAGCAUGGAUUCUGA